AUGACCUGCCGAGGGCAGGGUGGGGAGACAUACCAGAUCCCCAUCACUCCCCCUCCGCCUGACCACGAGCUAGUUGGAUUCUACGGCUUGCCUCUACCCCCAUUCCAGAUGUCGGCUGCAGGGGGUGCUCCAGCAGGACCAUCUGCAUCCACCCGAGGAGGAGGGAGAGCAGGGCGAGUGACGGUAGUACACCCCCGCACCAAAGCGUGGCGCACUCAUGUUGGGAGCAGCUCACGGGCACCGAUUCCGGACGAUGAUGAGUCUGAGACGGAGGCAGAGGCAGAGUCAUCGGAGGAUAAGACUGGAGAUGAUUCGGGCUCGAGCUCAGAUGGAGGGAGAACAGGGCGAGGGACCGCAGUACACCCCCGCACCAAGGUGGGGCCCACUCAUGUUGGGAGCAGCUCACGGGCACCGAUUCCGAACGAUGAUGAGUUCGAGACGGAGACAGAGGCAAAGUCAUCGGAGGAUGAGAUUGGAGAUGAUUCGGGCUCGAGCUCACAUGGUGGAGCCGGCGACGAUGCUCUUGGACCUUCGUCCAGGAAGUGGACGAAGACAGACUCUCAUGCCUGA